AUGUUUGAUACUAAUAAAAUCACAGAAUUAGAUUAUGAUGAUUUUCAAGCACAAAAGAAAAAAGAUAGAGAGAUACGUGCAGGACGCAGCAAAUGCGGCAAUAAAUAUAGUUACACAAAAACUAAGAAAUUUUGGAAGAAACGUUUAAAUAAAUGUAUAAUAAAUGAUUUAAAAAAUUAUGGACCAACUAAUAUAAUGCACAUAAAAGCAUUAGCUAAUAUAACAGGAAAACCUAUCCGUAUAUUUACAUCAGAUGGUAAUUUAUACCAAACGAUAAAUUGCAAUCGAAACGACAGAAAAAUGAUUCAGUGCGAUGCUAUUGACAUUGAAUAUCAUAAAGAAAAGCACUGGACUCUAUUAGGGAAUAAAGAUCCUGUAGAAAUUGAAAAAGAUUUAAAUGCCUGCUUAUUUGUUGUCAUUGCCGCUCAAACUGGAAAAGACGCCACCGAUUUAAGAAAUAGCACUAUCGACUAUUUAACGAAUAAUGCGAACUAUUUGAUAGAAGAAAUAGAUAAAAUAUCAUCGGAUGAUAAUGCAUUAUUGAUGAUAGGUGGUGCCCGCUACAAUGGUACGUCACCUAAAGCGGCAGGUAUUAUACUUGAUGAUUCGCAGAAUGUUUUGUGCGAUGGAUGCAGAGAGGUUGGUCAUCCAAGAGGUCAUGCAUCUGAUAAAGAUGCAACAGGCCCAAUAGACAGUGUGGAAAAUUAUUCCCGAACAACGGGAAGUAGAAAAUCUGGAUUCUUAAGUAGAAAUGAUCAAAAUUUAGUCGCUCAUUAUGCUUUAUGCCACGAGAGUGCUCAACAGGCUAUGAACAGUUUAAAUAAUGGAGAGUUCUCUUUAGCUAUAACAUUGUUAGGUAAAGAGUUACCGACUGCUUUACCAAAAAUGAAGGAAUUUAUUAAUGGUGAAGCAUUCACAGGAGAACUGAGCAUUAUUCGAGUGACAGUAGUAUUACGACACCAUCAAGAUGUCAGUCUGAGGUGCGGGACCGACGAGAGACUACUAGUAGUUGGUGGUGCGGUAAAAGAGGGGCCGGUAAAACAGACACAGUUAUCAUACCGGCUAUGUUCUCUCCAUACGGACCAAUGCAGACCUAAUUUCAUCAGGGAGUGUUUGAGACCCCCUAAAUCAUGACCCCUGGAAAAUAAAGACACGUCUAUACAUAAUAUAAUUUCUAAUCUAUUAUUCUGUAACUUUCACUUAUAUUUUUACCUCAUUUUAUU